AUGGUCGUCCUCGGUAUCACAAUCUGGAAAGCUCGUCCGGUCCGGGUUGAAGGCGUCAAGUUUGGUGUCAAGUCCACGGUAACGAGCAUCCUAAUGCGGGACGGUGUACUUUACUUCGGUGUACUCCUGAUUGCGAACCUCAUUGGGCUCAUCAUCGUCCGAUUCUUCGUUUUUAUCCAGCCAAUAAACACUUGGAUAGCCAUGCUGACGUCCAUCAUGACCUCGCGGUUCAUCCUCGACCUGCGCGAGGCAGCAGAUCCGGGACGCUACUACGACGACCUGAGCACCAACGGCGGCGGGAUCUCCACCCUGGUCUUCCCGUCCACGUCCAAACCCGCCCCCUGCUUCGACUUCAACCCGCCUUCAAGUACCACCAACACUGCGUGUAGCGCGGGAGUUGAGGGCGCGAAGUGGGAUUCGUUUGAGCAGAAGCUGUUCGGGGGCGGAUAUCGCCGGACGGGGCAUCAUGGGGUCGCCAUGCUGUGA